AUCCGAAGGCGCUUGCUAAGCGUCAUCUUCAAGCCAUGAAAAAGCCGUGACAGCCCCUGUCCCUGAUUUCGUCUCUUCUCACUCCUCCCCAAUUGUGCUUCUUGGCCUGCGGAAUCUAGAGUUCAAGCAGCUGCCAUCCACGUAGCCAAAUAGACAAGUGCAAACGGCCGCCAACAUGACGUUUACCGCCCCCUCGUGGGUCCCCGAGCUCCCCUUUGACCCGCCCGACGGGAUACCGAUAGCCGACUUUAUGCUCGAGGAGCACUAUGGACGACACCCGCUAGGAUACUCAAAGUCUCCCUUCACCUGCGGCCUAACUGGAAAACACUACUCGAGCUUAGAGGUCAAGGAGCGAGUUGACUACCUGGCGCGAGGUCUCGCGAAAGAGUUUGGUUGGUCUCCAAACGAGGGAUCGGAGUGGGACAAAGUCGUAGCCGUAUUUUCGGUGAAUGCGCUUGACACGCUCCCGCUAGCAUGGGCCACACACCGUCUUGGUGGAAUUCAGUCGCCCGUGAAUGCCGCGUACUCAGCAGCCGAGCUCGAAUACCAAUUGAAGGACUCCGGCGCGAAAGCUCUUUUCACCUGCAUCCCGCUGCUCAAGGCCGCGCAAGAAGCCGCACAGAAAGUAGGGAUACCGAGCAACCGCAUCUAUAUCCUUGAGGUACCUGAGAAAUUCGCUGGUGGAAAGAGCAGCCCAAGUGGCAUGAAGACGGUCGAUGACCUCAUCCGAGAAGGCCAGAAGCUGGACCGUUUGGAGCCGUUAAAUUGGGAGCCAGGUCAUGGCGCAAAGCGCACUGCUUUCUUGUGCUACUCAAGUGGCACGUCUGGUCUGCCGAAAGGUGUCAUGAUUUCGCAUAAAAAUGUUAUCGCCAACACACUUCAAAUUGCCGUAUAUGAUAAGCCAUAUCGAGAUACAAAGAGAUUACCUACAGAGCAGACCGAUUACACCGAUGUCGCGCUCGGGCUUUUGCCAAUGAGCCACAUAUAUGGUUUGGUUGUCAUCUGCCAUGCUAGUGUUUACCGCGGCGACGGCGUGAUAGUCUUGCCUAAAUUCGAUUUCACGACCUUCUUAGAGUCCGUCCAGCGAUUUAAGAUUAACUCGCUGUUUCUGGUUCCCCCGAUUAUCAUUUUGAUGACAAAGAAUAAGAGUGUGUUAGAUAAAUACGACCUUAGUAGCGUUUGGUCGAUAUUCACGGGGGCAGCACCUCUCGGAAAGGAGACGGCAGAAGACUUGCAAAAGAUAUUCCCGUCGUGGGCCAUCCGCCAAGGAUAUGGCUUGACUGAGACCUGCACCGUCGUGUGCUCCUCUAGCCCAGACGACAUCUGGUUUGGAUCUUCGGGUUCUCUGCUACCAGCCGUUGAGUGUAAGAUCGUCACGACAGAAGGCGUUGAGAUCACUGGGUAUGACCAGCCCGGGGAACUCCUCGUCAAGUCUCCUUCAGUUGUCUUAGGCUAUUUGCACAAUGAAAAGGCCAACAAGGAAACAUUCCAGGAUGGAUACAUGCGAACUGGAGACGAAGCGGUGAUUCGUAAAGGGCCAUUGGGACAUGAACACGUAUUCAUAGUUGACCGGAUCAAGGAGCUAAUUAAAGUGAAGGGACACCAAGUAGCCCCCGCGGAGCUCGAGGCCCAUCUUCUAACGCAUCCGGCUGUCAAUGAUUGCGCCGUCAUCCAAGUUCCCGAUGAUGACGCGGGUGAAGUCCCGAAGGCGUUCAUUGUCAAAUCACCAGCCGUCGGCCUUGAAGAGAAUGACCGGAUGGUUGCUCGCCAGAUUCAGAAACAUGUCGAGGAGCACAAAGCCAGGUACAAGUGGAUCAAGGGAGGCAUCGAAUUCAUUGAUGUGAUUCCAAAGAGCCCAAGCGGGAAGAUCUUGAGACGGUUCCUGAGGGACAAGGAGAGGGAGAGUAGGAGAGCGAAGGGCGCAAAGCUUUAGCCUUUCAAAUCUAUGUCUUGGAUUCAAAUUACGUAUGCGUGGGUUUGAGUAGAACAUUGCAAUUUUGUCGUAUAUAGAUCUG